GAAGGUUAACCCGGUGGCUCGUGUGUGUUUCACACCAUUGUAAACAAACCCACCUGCAUGAUUUUGAGCAUUUAAGUUGAAAAUGCCGGGUUUCUUUGGCUACUUUAAAGCCGUCUAGCUGCGGCCGUGCUGCGUGCUCACCCGGCGGGUAAAAGAAGUGAUGGAGGAGCUGCAGUUCGGUGGGACGGUUCCACGGAGGGUCCUCUGACAGAGCUGCACCAUGAUCCCGGUGUCCCUGCUGGUGUUCGUUAUGGCAGGCUGGUGUGCUGUCUACCUGGCUGACACACUGCUGAGGUCAUCCGCCUCACACCGGAUCAGUUACGAGUCAUGGCUCGCCAGCCGAGGCUUGAUGUUGUCUCCUUUCCAUGUCAGAUGGCAGACCACCAUGUUCAACCGGCUGUUUGCUUACUGUGCCCGCAUCAACCCCCGAGCCCUCUACCUUUGGUUUAACAGUGGUCUGGUGUUUGGUAUCGUUGCCAUGCUGGGAUCAGUGGUGCUGCUGGUGAAGACGCUGCAGCAGACCUAUGCUCAGAUGACCUCUGACAAUCCUAGGAUGGGUAGUCAGCAGACUCUGCAGGUGGUGGUCCCUGGAGUGAACCUGCCCACCAGUCAGUUGGCCUACUUUUUCAUCGCUCUGCUGCUCAGUGGAGUCAUUCAUGAGCUCGGACACGCCGUGGCAGCACUGAGGGAGUCUGUGAGAGUGAAUGGCUUUGGCAUGUUUGUCUUCGUCGUGUAUCCUGGUGCGUUCGUGGACCUCUUCACCACACACCUCAACCUCAUUUCGCCUACUCAGCAGCUCCGAAUCUUCUGUGCAGGGGUCUGGCACAACUUUGUUCUGUGUGUGGCAGCGCUGGCCGUCCUCUUCCUGCUGCCGGUCCUGCUGUUUCCCAUGUACACCACCGGAGUCGGGGCUCUGGUUACAGAGGUUGUUCAGGGCUCUGCAGCUGAUGGACCCAGGGGUCUGUCAGUCGGGGACAUCGUGACGGGGCUGGAGGACUGCUCUGUCAGGGGAGUGGAGGACUGGACCAGCUGCCUGUCUCAGCUCUCCCACGCACCACAGACGGGAUACUGCGUCCCAGCCGCCAGCCUGCAGCCCAGCUGGGCUCACGGCAGACCUUUCAAGCGUCUGGAUGGAACGAUGGACUGCUGCAGCAACAACAGCCUGACAGACCUCUGCUUCUCCUACAUCAAACCACAGGGGAGGAACAGCAGGGAGAGAGAGUUCGCCUGUAUGCCGGUGAGGAAGAUGGUGACGGGCACGGCGACGUGUCGCUCCGAUGGCGACUGUGCCGCUCACUCGUCGGCCGCUAGCGUGUGCGUCACCCCCUCUCUGGAGAACCAGACCCGCUUCAUCAGAGUCGCACAUCCUCCCAGCCCACACAUGCUCUUCGUGGGCUAUCCGCCACACCUGCAGUACGCCGUGAGUCUGACCAACUUUGUGCCCCGCUUCGGCUUUCUCCACUUAGACCUGCCCGUCUUCUUGGAGACCUUCCUGAAAUACGUGGUGUCCCUCUCCGGCGCUCUAGCCGUCGUCAACUCUGUGCCCUGCUUCGCCCUGGAUGGACAGUGGAUGCUGAACGCCCUGCUGGAGGCCACGCUGGUUACCGUGGUAACGGACCGCCAGAAGCGCGAGCUGAUCGGAUUCUUCCUCCUGUUAGCAGGCAGCGCCCUGCUCGCCGCCAACGUUGCGCUCGGCCUGUGGAUGGUGACGGCGCGGUAGCGUCAGAAACGAAAGGAAGCGCGACCAGUAAACUGUGAGCCUGCGGGGGACAGGCCGCACCACCAAGUCAGCGCCGCUAAUUUCUGCUGACUCAGCCCUUUUUUUUUUUUUACCGUUACCACCGAUGAACACGGACUGAUUCAUUCCGCCUCGUCGCCAUAUUUAGGAAAGCACAUGCACAAUAUUAAAUGCACUUCCCGGGACGUACUGUUCCAAACAGCUGUUUACAAAAACACAGUUUUAGCAUUUUGAAAUUUGUGAUCUGUUUUUUUUAUUUUUUUUUUUAUUCGGAUUAAAAGGGUUUAUUGCUGCGAUAACAGAAGAA